UCCCGGCCAGCACGGCGCACGCCACAUACAAUAGGAAGCGUUCCCGCUUUCCUUGGUAACGGCUUGACCCCGACCCCGACCCCGUGUUGAUCAAGCACAAACCAGCGGCAGCUCUAGAACUCUAGUACUACCACCACCGCCGGCCCCCGUCUCUCCGGAUCGGAUCGGCCGUCGUCCCCGCCGGCGAGCGACCGAGCGAUCAAGAUGGUGCUCUCCCACGCCGCGUCAGCGGGGUCGUCCGAUGACUCGGUGCACUCCACCUUCGCCUCCCGCUACGUCCGCGCCUCCCUGCCCAGGUUCCGGAUGCCGGAGAACUCGAUCCCGAAGGAGGCGGCGUACCAGAUCAUCAACGACGAGCUGAUGCUGGACGGGAACCCGCGGCUGAACCUGGCGUCCUUCGUCACCACCUGGAUGGAGCCCGAGUGCAACAAGCUCAUGAUGGACUCCAUCAACGAGAACUACGUCGACAUAGACGAUACCCCGUCACCACCGAGCUCCAGGUAUGCAUACCAUUUACUCACGUUGGCGUUACCGCGGCCCCCGUAAUGGCUUUUAGACUUC